ACUUCAGCCACCGUGUAACCCCUCAUGCGUGCCUCUCGGGGCUAUUGUUUCAUCCUCCUAUCCCCUUCGGCAACUCGAAAGACGAUCCGUUUUUGAUCGCCCCCUACAUUGACUGUUACUUGUGCGACGGGACUGAGGGCCUUUUAGAGUAUAAAUCUGACGAACUGCGAACUGGGUGCGCUUGUGCAAGAUGAAUAUCGACGAGUUUCUUGCGAUGGAGCCGAGCAGCGACCUUGACGAGAUUGUCGACCUCCGCUCUUUGGAUUAUGUUUCCAGAUACGACGAUCAUCUCAUGUGUGCGAUAUGUCACUGUCCAUACAUACGUCCAGUAAGAUUACAAUGCGACCAUGUGUUCUGUCAGAAAUGUCUGAACACAGCGAUCACUACCUUUGCCACCGGUCGAGACGAGUUCAAAUGCCCUACCUGUCGAGCGCCAGCGAGAGGGGUCUACCUUAACGUCCCUCGAUUCUUGGUCAAUAUGUGCGACGAUAUACGGGUAAAGUGCCCUUUUGAGGCCGGAGGUUGCAAGGAGAUCGUUCCAAGAGGCCAUAUUCAGUCCCAUGUCGACAAAUACUGCGGCUACAGACUUCUGGACUGUCCAAAUGUCUUCUGCACAAAGAAGACUCGGAAGAAGGACCUGAGUGCAGAAAACAAAUGCAUGCAUGAGCUUCAUAUAUGCUCACGCUGUGAGGAGGAAAUCAUGGAGCAAGAUUACCAGGAGCACGUUCAGGAACUAUGCCCGAGCUUGAAAACUACAUGUCCUGAUUGUGAGACUACGGUAUUUCGCAAGGCUUUGAGGGAACACAUAGAUGCAUGUCCAGAGGCGAUCCAUAGCUGCGCAGCGUCCAAGUACGGGUGUCCUGUCAAAGUUAAACGAGCGGAGCUAGUAGUGCACGAGCAGAAUUGCCCAUUGAUAACUAUGGGCCCUUAUUUUGAAGCUCAGAAUGCACGACUUGAUUCUAUGGAGUUGACUAUCCGUCAUCUUCAACAGCGUAAUGAGAUCUUUGAGGAUGGACUUGCGAGUAUCCGGUCUACUCUUGUCGAGUCGUCUCGUGUUAUGUCUGCGCGGAACCCGGACGUACCGGCCGAGGCUAAUAGUCGGACGAGACCGUCGAACUCAUCUGACCCGGCGAAUGAACGAUAUGACGAUUCCAGCGCCUCGUCUAAUGCGACUACUUACCUUCUUGCUCUCCACGAGUCUCUUCGAGACGAAGUUGGACAGUUAUCACAUGCAAUCACGGAUCUAGAUGCUCGCGCUAGCAUGGCGAUCAUGAACGAAUGCCUUCGACUUAAGGAGGAUAUGGCCCAUACGAAUGCCGCUGUCAGCAGCAUUCGAAUGCAGGUGCAAUGGCUCAUGAACCCUCGCAUCCACCAGAGCCAACGGACAGGCGUUCGUACCAACAACAGCAAUAACGGCAAUGAAACACGAACCGGGCAGCUAGGUUCCUCGGCGUCAGGACCAAGCAGUGCUGCUGCGCCAUCUCCGGGAUUUCUUCGGCCCCGAAGACUCAGCGACAGCGGACGCGAAGGGACCAAACUUUGAUAGAGUGCAUACAAGGUCUGAAGAGAAGGCGCUGUGUGUUUUUCGCGACUGACUUUCUGAUACCCAGCGGCCACAUUCGAGUUGUAUUGUAGCCUAUAGAUAGCCUUGUGAUAUUUCGGUGAUAAUUGGUCUGUACUAAACCUGCUGUACCACCUGGCCUAGUGUUUCAUCUUCUUUAAUGAUAUAGAAUACUUUCUUAACAAACAUUGCGCUAUCUUAUGCAUUUAUAAUGCUUUUUGUGCAACCACGCUUUGUUGGUUUCAAAAAGGUUAACUUUCUAGUGCUGUUCAACUGAUGACAAAAAAGAACAAA